UGUCCUCAGAGGCACCUCUGACAGUGCAAGAUGAAGUUGCCCCAGCUCCGGCUGUGGCUAAGACGCUUUGGAGCCAUCCUGCAGGUGGCUGUGCAGGUGGUUGUGGGCAAGGUGCUGCUGACACUGUUCCCUGAGAGAGUCAAGCAGAACCUCCUGGCCAAGAGCCAGAAGACUGGGAUGGCCAGGAGCCCCAACUUCUCCUAUGACAACUGGGGUCCGACCUUCUUCAGCACCCAGUACUUCUGGUUUGUCCUGAAGAUCUACUGGCAGCGGCUGGAGGAUACAACUGAGGAGGGAGGUGUGGCCCCAGACUGCCCCGUGGUCUGCCUUUCAGGACAGAGGAGCAGCAUUGGGGACUUCAUGCAAGGCAACAGACCAUUGGUGCUGAAUUUUGGAAGCUGCACCUGACCUUCAUUUCUUUUCAAAUUUGACCAAUUCAAGAGACUUGUUGAAGACUUUAGUUCCAUUGCCGAUUUUCUCAUCAUUUACAUUGAGGAAGCUCAUGCAUCAGACAGAUGGGCUUUCAAGAACAACGUGGAUAUCAGGACUCACCGGAACCUCCAGGACCGUAUGCGAGCCGCCCUUCUGCUGCUGGACAGGGACCCCCAGUGCCCUGUGGUGGUGGACACCAUGGAGAACCAGAGCAGUCAGCUGUACGCAGCACUGCCCGAGAGGCUCUAUGUGCUCCAGGAGGGCAGGAUCCUCUACAAGGGGAAACCUGGUCCUUGGGAUUACCAACCACAGGAAGUCCGUGCUGUUCUAGAAAAGCUCCGUGGAAAAUGUGGACAGACUCUUCCUAAGCUCUAAGUGACCAGCAGGAGGAGCCUUCUCCCAUCUUGGCUCUUCAUCCCAGCACAGCUGUUUUUUUUUG